GUGGUAGCAAAAUCAAUUUUCCUGUUUGUUGACAGUUGUCAUUUAGUUAAGUCAAAUUUGGUUAAAUUUAAAAACGAUGGAUGAAAAUUCGCAAAAUAGUGUAUAUAAUCUAAUCACAAACUUGUGUGAAACAUUUUCUUAUGAUCAAACUGUAGUUAAGAAACUUCGAUCAAAAGCCUACGAAAUUUUGUUGAAAAAGACAAGCCACAAUUCAACAAGUCAGAGACAUUUCAAAGGCCUCGAUCCUUACAGUAAUUUAUUAGCAUGGCAAUUUACACUGGCAACAAAGUACAAUUUAGUAGAACACAGUUUAAAAUUGAAGGAAUGUGGGGAGUAUGUCCAAAACUAUUAUGAUGAACACAUAAUUCAGUUUUUGUUAUGUUUGCGGAAUGUUCCGGUUGAAAAAGAUGAUUCUGUGGAUUUUGAGCUACCUUUUGAUAUUAAAAGUUUAUAUAAAAUGCCAUCAACAUCUAGAAGCGAUUGUUCAGAUACGCUUAUAGACAUUGCUGAUAGCUAUUCAUCAGCAGAUGUGUGGGCUGAGGCAUCGAAACUAACAUUUAGCAACAGGAAAAAUUGGGAGGAUUUUGGACAUUUUGAACCUGAUAAGGAAAAACCGUUUUUGUGCGAAUUAGGGGAAUUGUCUCAUUUAUGGGUCGAAAAUUUACCUUCUGUUUAUUUUUCAUGCGUUUUGCAAGAUGAUAUUACUGUUGAACCACUUGUUAAAACAGUAACAGAAUUUGUCAAGGAUCUCAAGUAUUUACUAGUGGGCAUGGCUUCAUACUCCUUCAGCUAUACUGAUGAUUCCGAUUUUUUCUUGGUACCAAACAUUACAGUUAAAGGUCUGUCACCAACAACUCUGAAAUCUUACAGUGAGGAAUUUAUUUUUUGUGGAAACUGUUACAAGGCUUUGCAUGAAAUUUCAACUCCUUGCUCACUUACUGGGGAAUACAAGCAAGACGGUUAUAUUUUUGCUGAAUUGUGUCAGAGUAUUCAGCGUUAUUUGGAAGUCUAUCGCACGACAAUUAUAAGUCUGCCUGACACAAUUGGUUUAUUGAAAUUACACGAACGGACUAAUCAGUUGCGUAAUCAAUUGACUACAUUAACCUCAAUUUGUAAAUUAGGACCUUACGCAAAAUCCGAGAGGAUGCCACAUGGAGUAUUACUUCUGAAUUAUCUAUAUCAGACAGCUUUGAAUCUCAUUGACAGAAAAGUUUUAUUGGUUUUAUAUGCAGUUUUGUUUCCCUGCUGUCAAGUAUAUUUCAGCAGGUUUCUUCAACAGUGGCUUUUGGACGGCACUGUCAACGAUCCCUAUGAAGAAUUUUUUAUUAAACCAAAUUUCAAAUACAUAUCAACGAGAGGCAGGACUUACUGGACCCGGAGUUAUAGCAUCCGUGAAAAUAUUGUACCGGAUUUUCUAGCUGAUUUACGAAUGGAUAUUUUGAAUUGCGGGAAAUCUAUGAAUUUACUCAAAUUAUGUUUACAAUCGAGCACAUUUUACUCGUAUUUAAUGGAAAAGAAACCGUUGAUUAUAUCUUGUUGUUUAACUUCGGAACAAUUAUCCUUGUUGAAUCAAAACGCGACGUGUUAUUAUCUUGAAAUUUUAUCAGAAUGUGGUCCGAGAAUUAAUCUGGAACAUAUUGUAAGAAGGCAUAAAGAACAGGAUCCUAUUUUUAUGAAUUUAAUCGCCAAGAAACGUGCUGCGACGUUGGCGAGACUCGAACUCGAACGAAAGAAAGCAUUAGAAGAAGAAAGAGAGAAAAAGCUUGACGAAUUGACCGCAUUAAAAGAACAGUAUGAUUCUGCUGUUCAACUAAAACAAGAAAGAAUAUCAUCGGAAAUAGAAAAUGAGAUAAAAAUAAUCCAAUUUAACUUAUCUAUUGAAAAUACUCGUGAUAAGUUAAUCGAGAGAGAAGCUAAUGAAUUAAUCGAUUAUUACAACAAAUUGUACGAAUUAUCGGAUCUUCGGCGAAAAAAAGUUGAAAACCAUAUUGAAAAACUGAAGACUUGUUUGGAGCAACCAACCCACUUGGAUGCAAAUUCUUCAGAAGAAUCUUUUUAUUCUAUUGAUGAACCAGUCGGAGAGGCAGAAAAUGAAGAGAAAUAUGAUGAGCCUUUGCCAGAAAUCGAACCAAAACCUGAUCUAGAUUCUGAACCUAUUCAUACUUCAAAAUCUCUUGAUAUAAUCAAUGCCAAUAGCGAAAAAAGCCAAGAUGAAUUUUAUAAGGCAACUUUGGAAACGUUUACAGCAGCAAGAAAAAACAAAGAAAAGGUUUUAACAGAAGAAAUGGGAAUAAUAAUAACUCCACCAAUUAAAAAGCAAAUCACUACCAUUUGCGAUAAUCAAAAAUUAAGCGAUGCGCAGAAGAAUAAACUUAAAGUGAUGAGUUCCGAAUUCGGAAUCGAGAUGAAAGUUAUGAAACCGACGAUCAAAAAAAGUUUAACUCAAUGCGAAAUUAACCGGAACCAUGUUCUGGGCUGUAGCGAUGUUUUUGUACCACAAAAACUUGACAACGUUAACUAUCUCAAUAGAAAUUUCACGAAUAGCGACAUUAGUGAAAAGAAAAUCAAAAAAUCGAGUAGUUUGUCUUUGGAUUUUGUUAAAAGUGAUAUUCCUACGCCAAUGAGUGUUGAUACAACCCCCAUGAGCGAAUCCACUACAAGUAGAUUUGGUCUAAGUGUAGAAAGAGGCGAUUUUGAGAGUAUUCCCACAACAGCUGAGACACAAGCUACAGACGAAGGUUUCAUUUUUGAAGAAGUUCCAGAAACGAGUUACGUUCCAAUCAAGCGAAACUUUUACGAUUCGUUACAAAAAAAGGUUUUUUCGAAACGAGUAACAAGAGAAGAAGCGUCUGGUCUCAGCACGAAUUGUUUGAGGCUGUUUCUUCAUGAGAGUGUUUCUAUUCCCUUGGCAACUCAGACAAAGUUGAUCGAUAACGAAUUACUGAAGUACGUUGUGGAAGAUUUGCAAUAUUUGAAACAUUUAAAUAGUCUCAGAGAUUAUUUUUUCUUGCAAGAUGGGGAGUUUGGCAGGAAUAUUACUGAGACUUUAUUCGAAAAAUUAUACGAUGUCCAUUUUCCCAUAGAAUUGAUCAAUUGCCGAACUUUGCAGAAUUUGGUUUUUGGAGCUUUGCAAAUGUCGUAUAAAUUUCAGGAAAAUUCAAACUGUUUGUCUUUCAAAAUAAAUAGCCUGCCGAAGAGGUUCCAUUUAGGAGAUCCGGAUGUUUUAGAUUGUUUGUCUCUGACGUAUAAGGUGAAGUGGCCUUUAAAUAUUUUGUUGCCGGUGGAUACUAUUGAAAAAUACGACGAAGUAUUCAAGUAUCUCCUUAAGCUUAAUAGAAUUUCGUGGGUUUUGAAGAGAAUCCUUUUGGAACUGAAGAUUUUGGCUAAAGUUUCGGGAAAAAAAGAGAUUUAUUUGAUGAUGUCACCUCAUUAUCGACGAGUACACCAAUGUAGGCACGUUAUGUUACACUUUAUACAAACAUUGCAAAAUUAUGUUGUUGGAGAGGUCUUGCAAUCCAGUUGGGAAGUUUUUGAACGCAAUUUGACCACAGUUACAAAUUUGGAUUCUUUAUACCUGACUCAUACCAACUACAUUAAAAAUAUUUUGUUCCUCUGUCUUCUUAAUCAAAAAUCGGCACCUCUGAGGAAAGUAAUUCAAAAAAUCUUUGUUGUCAUUUUAAAAUUCUACGAUCAUUUGAGAUCAAGAGCGUGGAAAUGCGAGGAUGGAACUUACGUUCAUCCCAAUUUUGCAAAAUUAGAAAGCAUUUUUCUUAAUUUUGAAGAAUUUGUAUUAUACUUAUUUAAAGUAGGACGAAAAGUUGCAAAAAGUGGUUACCAGCCACAUUUAACACAGUUACUUGAUAUGUUGGAUGUUAAUGGUUAUUAUUCCAAUAAAAAUUAUGUUCAACUUACUUAAAUUUUAUCAGGGUUAAAUAAAUUACUUUAAAAUGUUA